GUUCCAAGACUUGAUCGACAGCAAGCUGGAGAAGAGGAGAAGAGGAGUUUAUGGUCCGCCAGCUGGAAAGAAGAUGGUGCUGUUCGUUGACGAUCUGAAUAUGCCACAAAAGGAAUACUUUGGGGCUCAGCCCCCCAUUGAGCUGCUGCGACAAUGGCAUGACCACGGGGGCUGGUACAACAGGAAAGAGCUCAAGAAGUUCGACAUCACAGACCUGGUCAUGGCAUCUGCAAUGGGACCGCCCGGGGGAGGCCGCACCUUCAUCACAGAACGAUUGAAGCGCCACUACAAUGUGCUUGCCUACUCUGACCUUCAGGACGAAUCAAUACAACAGAUUUUCCAGACCAUGGCUGGCUAUUUUUUCGCUGGGUUUGAUGAGACAAUUCAGUCAUCGAUUCCAACGAUGAUCCGAUGCACAGUUGGAAUCUUCAAGCAAGCACUGAAGGACCUUUUGCCAACGCCGGCAAAGUGCCACUAUCUCUUCAAUUUGCGUGACAUUUGGCGGGUUUUUUUGGGCCUUUGCACCUUGAGCUCCAAGAAAGCAAAUCAGAGAGACGUGGUGGUCAGAUGCUGGUGCCAUGAAAUCCAACGGGUCUUUGGCGACAGGCUCACUGACAAUCAGGACUCAAAAUGGAUGACGUCGCAGAUCAAGAGCCACUUGGAAGGCAGUUUCCAAGUCUACUACGAGACCAUCUACGUUCGCGAGCGCUUGAUCUUCGCGUCUUUCCUGAAUCAAGAUGCGGACCAGAAAUUCUAUGAGGAGGUGAUCGAUGUCCAGGCUAUGAAGGAAUGUAUUGAGGAAUACUUGGACGAGUACAACAGCGUCAGCACAUUGCAAAUGCCACUGGUGAUGUUUUUGGAUGCCUGCGAGCACUGUGCCCGUAUUUGUCGUGUGUUGAGUCAGCCAAGUGGGAACGUCCUUUUGCUUGGGGUUGGUGGAAGUGGACGUCAGAGCUUGACGCGUUUGUCAACACACAUGAAUGAAUGCGAGUGCUUCCAGAUCGAGGUCGCAAAAGGCUAUGGAAUGACUGAAUUCCGCGACGAUGUGAAGAAGUGCCUGAUGAAAUGCGGUGUGGAGGACAAGGUUCAGGUCUUCCUCUUUUGCGACACCCAAAUUGUCAAAGAGGAUUUUGUCGAAGCCAUCAACAACGUCUUGAACAGUGGUGAUGUGCCCAAUCUGUAUGCAAACGAGGACAUGGAGGCAAUCUCUGGAGCAUGUCGGCAGCUAUGCCAAAGCAUGGGAAUGCAGCCAAACAAAGCGAAUCUCUUCAGUGCCUAUCUAUCGAGGGUGAAGAAGAAUGUCCAUGUUGUCCUGGCAUUCUCGCCCGUUGGUGACAGCUUCCGUAAUCGUUUGCGCAUGUUCCCCUCCUUAGUGAAUUGCUGCACAAUCAACUGGUUCAGGGAGUGGCCUGCUGAAGCUUUGUACUCUGUGGCCAAGCAGCAGCUCACUAUGAAUCAAGUCCAGCUGCACCAGUUUGAAGGAUCCUUGAAGCUGUUCCAAGUGAUGCACAUGAGCGUGGAGCAUGCUUCCCGACAGUUUCUGGAAAAGAACAAGCGUCACGUGUACAUCACUCCGACGUCGUAUCUGGAACUGCUCUCGAGCUUCAUCUCGGUGCUGGCCAUAAAGCGAAAGCAGGUGGGCAUGCAGCAGAAGCGCUACAAGGUGGGCUUGGAGAAGAUUGGGGAUGCCGAAAAGCAGGUCAGCGGGCUGCAGCAGAUGCUAGUUGAGAAGAAACCUGUGUUGGAAAAGACUCAAAAGGAAGUUGUGGAGAUGAUGAAGGUGAUUGAAGUCGACAAGGCCGCAGCAGAGGAGGUUUCGACUCGAGUAGCGAAAGAAGAAGCCGAGGCGAAAGCAAAAGCAGAAGGCACACAAGCCAUCAAGGAUGAUGCACAGAAGGAUCUUGACGAAGCCUUGCCAGCGUUGCAAACGGCCGUUGCCUGCUUGAACAAGCUACAGACCAAACACAUCCAGGAGGUCAAGGCACUCCCAAAUCCGCCAUCAGGUGUGCGUUUGGCCUGUGAGGCCAUUUGCGUGAUGUUUCAACUGAAGCCAGUCAAGAAAAAUGAUCCCAACACGCCGGGCAAAAAGAUUGACGACUACUGGGAAACGAGUCAAAAGGAGAUCUUGCAGGAUCCCAAAGCACUCUUGGAUCGUUUGUUCAAUUUCGACAAGGACAACAUUCCCGACAGAGUCAUUCAGGCAAUCACGCCCUAUAUGGAAAGAGAAGAUUUCGAUCCUGCAGCUAUCAAAAAGGCCUCUCUCGCGUGUGAAGCCCUUUGCCUGUGGGUGGGCGCCAUGUACAAGUAUCACUUUGUGGCCAAGGCCGUGGAGCCCAAACGGCAGCUCCUCCGCGAGGCAGAAGCUGAUUUGGAGCAGUGCAUGGCCAAGCUCGAGGCGGCCCAACAAGCCCUUCGUGAAGUGCAUAACAAGAUCCAGAAGCUCGAAUCGGACUAUAACCAAGCAAUUGCUAAGCAAGAAGCUUUGCAACGUGACAUGGCCACCUGCGAAAUCAAGCUGGAACGGGCGCACAAGUUGAUUGGUGGUCUUGGAGGUGAAAAGGCUCGGUGGGCUGAGAAUGUCAUAAAGCUCACAGAACAGCUUGAGCUACUGCCUGGUGAUUGCAUUGUCGCCGCUGGCAUGGUUUCCUAUGCUGGUCCAUUUACGUCUGAAUAUCGCAUGAACUUCGAGCAAGAGUGGUUAAAAGAGCUGGACAAGGAAUCCAUCCCGCACAAUGAGGAGUGCAACAUGCGAAGUGUGCUUGGAGAACCUGUGAAGAUCCAGCAGUGGGUGGUUUACUCUCUUCCCAACGAUUCUCUCUCCAUCGAGAACGCCAUCAUCAUCGACAGAUCCCGGCGAUGGCCACUGAUGAUCGAUCCACAGCGUCAGGCAAACAAGUACAUCAAGAACAUGGGCAAGGACAUCGAAACAGGCUUCGAUGUUUGCAAAAUGAGCGAGACCAAUUUCCUUCGCACUUUGGAGCUUGGCAUCCAGUUCGGAAAGUGGAUCUUGCUGGAAAACAUCGGUUUGAACUUGGAUCCCGCUCUGGAGCCCAUUCUUCAACAGCAAAAGGUCCGAGAUGGCUCCGGCUUCACCAUCAAGCUGGGUGACAAGUCCAUCAACUAUGCAGACACUUUCAAGUUUUAUCUCACGACCACACUGCCAAAUCCUCACUACUCGCCCGAGACAUCGGUCAAGGUCACCUUGCUCAACUUCGCGAUCACACCAACUGGUCUGGAGGAUCAGAUGCUGGGAAUCGUUGUUGCGAAGGAAAGACCUGACCUUGAAGAGCAAAAGAGCCAGCUGGUGAAAGACAAUGCCAAGAUGAACAAACAGCUGAAAGAGAUUGAGGACGAAAUUCUUCACUUGCUUUCGGCAAGUGAGGGUGAUGUGCUCGAGGAUGAUACUCUGGUCGACAAAGUGACUGCCUCCAAGCAAGUCUCUUUGGAGAUUGGCGAAAAGCAGGAGGUGGCAAAAGUGACGGAGGUGGAUAUCGACAAUGCACGCGAGUCCUACCGUCCUGUGGCGUAUCGGACUGCAGUUCUUUUCUUUGGAAUCGUCGAGCUGGCGAACAUAGAUCCAAUGUAUCAGUACAGCCUGCAGUGGUUCCAGCAGCUGUUCCAGCUUGCCGUGGAUCAAUCACCAAAAUCUGAUGUGCUGGAGGAAAGGUUGGAGAUCCUUCAAGACUUUUUCACUGAAUCUUUGUACCAGAACAUCUGUCGUGGGCUGUUCGAAAAGGACAAGACGCUCUUCUCCUUUGCGCUUUGCAUCAGGAUCAUGAAAGGUGAUAACCGUGUCGAUGAUGCUGAGCUGCGGUACCUCCUUGUUGGUCCCACAUCUGACAUGCUCGAGAAAGGGCCCAUGAUUCCGGCUGAGUGGGUCGGGCCACAGAGGUGGAAUGAGAUUCUCACCCUUUGUCGUCUGCCUGCAUUCAGAGGCUUCGAGACAGCCAUUGUGUCCAACUUGGAAGAUUUCAAGCAGAUCUAUGACUCUGUGGAAGCUGAGAAGGAGUCUCUUCCAGAUCCCUGGGACAAGAAGUUGUCUCCGCUGCAACGCCUCUGCUUCGUGCGCAGCUUCCGCAUCGAUUGCUUGAAAGCCGCGAUCAUCGAUUUUAUCACCCAGGAAAUCGGAGGGAAAUUUGUCGACCCUCCGACCUUUGACAUUGCAAAGUCCUAUGCUGAUUCGGUCAACACAACACCAUUGAUUUUCAUUCUCUCACCUGGCACGGAUCCAGUGUCCGACGUCAUCCGUUUUGCGGAGCAGGUUGGAAUGGCCAAAAAGUUUGAACCCAUCUCUUUGGGGCAAGGGCAGGGUCCAAAGGCGCAGAGCAUGAUCGACAGAGCCCGACAGAGUGGAGGAUGGGUAUUGCUCUCCAAUUGUCAUUUGAUGCAGUCCUGGAUGCAAACACUUGAAGCAAUUGUUGAACAACUGGACCCCGAGACGAUGUCCAACAAUUUCCGCUUGUGGCUUACUUCUAUGCCAGCCAAGUCAUUCCCCGUGCAGGUCUUGCAGAACGGUGUGAAGAUGACCAACGAGCCUCCCUCUGGACUCCGAGCCAACUUGCUGCGAUCCUACACAACUGUGAGCGACCGACUCUUUGAUGAGUCGAACAAGCCCUCCGUCUUCAAGACCUUGUUGUUCGGGUUUUGCUUCUUCCACGCCGUGGUUCAGGAUCGCCGGAAGUUUGGGCCAAUUGGUUGGAACAUUCCUUACGGCUUCACACCAGAGGACUUGGCAGUUUGCCGGCAGCAGCUCAUGCUUUUCGUCAACAAAUACAAGGAUGUACCAUAUAAAGUGCUGAACUUUCUGGGAGCCCAGAUCAACUAUGGUGGUCGCGUUACUGACGACAAAGACAAACUGCUGAUCUCGACGAUCUUGGGCACUUUCAUUUGUCCUGAAGCUGUGAAUCAGAAGGAUCACUACAAGUACUCUUCUAGCGGAGUGUAUUUCGCCCCAAAUGCUGAGAAUGUGGAGGAUUUCGUGGAGUACAUCAAGAGUUUGCCGUUGUACCCAAUGCCAGAAGCUUUUGGUCUCCAUGAUAAUUGCAAAAUCACCUGUGCUCAAGAGGAGGCAUUCAAGCUUCUCCUUGGGAUGCAGAGCAUGGUCUCAGCCGGUGGUAGUGGCGGUGAUGGCAAGUCAGCUGAUGAUGUCAUGGAUGCUACGGCAGCAUCUAUCCAGGAUAAGCUUCCGAAGCCUUUUGCGCUUGACGUUUGCGAGCAGAAGUUUCCGACACGAUACGAGGAAUCUAUGAACACUGUGGUCAAGCAGGAAUGUUUGCGUUAUAACAAGCUCUUGACCACCAUGGAAAGCUCACUGAAGGCGUUCCGAAAGGCCAUCAAAGGCCUGAUUGUGAUGACGGCAGAGUUGGAGGAGUUGGGCAAGUCUAUCUUUGUGAAUGAGGUUCCUGAGAUGUGGUCCAAGAAGGGUCCGUUGUCACUGAAACCAUUGAGCAGCUGGUUCCCAGACAUCAUUGCUCGUGUAGCAUUUUUCCAGAACUGGAAUGAUUUGGGCAAGACUCCACCAGUACAUUGGAUCAGUGGCAUAUUCUUCCCACAGGCGUUCUUCACUGGAGCCAUGCAGAACUACGCUCGAAAACAUGGCGAAGAGAUUGACCUGCUUUCAUUCUCCCAGAAGGUCAUGGACAAUGUGACGAACCCCAAGAAGGAGCUUACGCUGCCUCCAGAGGACGGAGUUUAUAUCUACGGCCUUUUCAUUGAAGGUGCACGUUGGGACUCUGACACCCACAUGGUACAGGAAUCCCAGCCGAAGGUGCUCUUCACGGACUUGCCUCCGCUCUGGUUUUUGCCGGUCAAGGACCGGAAGCCCAACCCCACAGACUACAGAUGUCCGACCUACAAGGUCCUCAGCCGGAAGGGUACACUUCUAACUACGGGCCAUUCCACGAACUUUGUGCUUUACUUGGAGCUUCCCACUGAUCAGGCUGUGUCAAAGUGGAUUAAAGCGGGAGUUGCAUCAUUCCUAGCGCUGAAGCACUAAGUCGGGGACCAGAAGCAGUGCGACAUUAAAGAAGUUCAGUGAGCCCGUGCACAAAGCGCCAAGUUGAAUGGUCUCAAGUUGUAGAAAGCAUCAAGUGAGUCAAAUCUAUGAAAAUGAUAUUGGACAUCGACUGUUCUUGUACUAUUUUUUGCCAAGGGUCAAAUGAUAGAUCUUUGCAGAUGUGGUCGGUCAACGCUCAAAGAGCGUUGCCGCAAGUGUCCUGCCACGUGUUGGAAUGUGUGUUUUCCACAAUGUGUC